AAUUUUUUGACAUUUAGAUAAUAAUUUUAAUAGCUAUGGUGUAAUGUAAUUUUGAAAUUGUAGAUUUUUACUUAAGUAAAAUUUUAAAAAAUGAUCAAACAGGUCAAGUUAUAUGUACAUCAAAAGAAUUUUAGCGAGGCCGAUUUGAUAAUAAAUUUAAAAGAUUAUCAAGGUGCAAAAGAGGGUGAUAUUGUUGAAAUUUAUCACCCUGAAGAUAUUGGUCCUCGACUUUUAUUACAAAUAACAGCUCUGAAAGAUGAUUUACUCAAAGUUACAGAAACGAUUAGCGUUGAGCAGAGUAUUGCAAACACAUUUCAGCUUCGAACAUACGCUGAUGUUUUGGUACGGAUUGUUUCUGCAAAUGAUGUGGCCUUAGAUUCUGUAGAAAUUACAUUUAAAGAUCAAUAUAUGGGUCGAUCAGAAAUGUGGCGUAUUAAAAAUAGUUUAGUGAACACUUGUGUUUACAUGAAUAAGAAAUUAGAAUUUUGUAUGGGUGCUAUUCGAUGUCAAGUCUAUGAAAUGUGGUCACAGGGUGAUCGUGUCGCAUGUGGAGUAAUUACUGAAGAUACUAAGAUAGUUUUUCGAUCAUCUACAUCAAUGGUUUAUUUAUUUUUACAAAUGUCUUCAGAAAUGUGGGAUUUUGAUAUUCAUGGCGAUCUGUAUUUUGAAAAAGCAGUGAAUGGCUUUCUAGCUGAUUUAUUUACAAAAUGGAAGAAACACGGUAGCAAUCAUGAAGUUACAAUUGUCUUAUUUUCACGAACUUUUUAUAAAGCAAAUAGUGUUGAAGAUUUUCCGCUGUAUAUGCGAGAAUGUUUACAAUUAGAUUAUCGAGGGCGGUAUUAUGAAGAUUUUUAUCGAGUAGUUGUUCAAAACGAACGAUUCGAUGAUUGGAGUCCAGUUUUAGUUCAAUUAAGACGUUUAUUUUCCGAUUAUCAACGGCACGUAUUAAAUUAUCACGAUAAACCCGGUGUAAUUAUUCCCAUUGCUACAAAUAGUACAGCUGCUCAAGGAAAUUUUCUCGAAGUGUUAAAUAUGUCAUUGAAUGUAUUCGAAAAACACUAUUUAGAACGAAGUUUGGAACGAACAGGACAACUUAGUGUUGUUAUUACACCUGGAGUGGGAGUAUUUGAAGUUGAUCGUGAAUUAACUAAUGUAACAAAACAAAGAAUUAUUGACAACGGUGUAGGCAGCGAUCUUGUCUGUGUUGGAGAACAGCCAUUACAUGCUGUACCUUUAUUAAAGUUCCAUAACAAAGAUACAUACAUAACAACGGCGGAUGAUUAUUCUAUGCCCCAUUGGAUAAAUCUUUCAUUUUAUUCGACAAAUAAAAAAGUAGCAUAUUCAAAUUUUAUACCACGAAUAAAACUCCCGCCGAAAGCUACAAAUUCAGCUAAUGAUUUUGAUGGUAAACAUAUGUCCAAGACAAAAUUGAUCCAAGAUGAAGAUCAAUGUAUUCACAAUUCAUUUUUCGAUUAUGAUGCUUAUGAUGCUCAAGUAUUUCAAUUACCUUCAACACAUGGGACAAGCAGCUUACAACGAUCCAAUCAAAAACAUUGUAAAAAGAUGCCAGCAUUAGACAAUAAUCGUAAUGAUUCGACUAAGUCGUUGCAUCGAAAAAUGUCUGAUCCGGAUAUUCACCAUGGUGGUGAAUUAGCAAGUCCUGGAACACCUAAAUCUCAAGCAAUAUCCAUUCCGACUUCAUCAUAUACAAACACGGAAAGUCCCUUAAUAUCACCAAUCAUAGAAGAAGAGAAAAAACCAAAACCUUGGACUACAGAUGCUUUGGAUGGGAAAUUAUCACCGCCAUGUAGGGCUGUUGUGGGUUCGGCUGGUUCACCGCCACCCAUGGGACAAAUUGGUUUACGGCCAAGUCGGGCUUUAAUCAAUCCAUUUGAUCCAUCACAUGUAACAAUUAAAUUGACAUCAAAUCGUCGACGAUGGACACAUAUAUUUCCCAAAGGACCUACGGGAGUUUUAAUUCAACAACAUCAUUAUCAAGCUGUGCCUACUAACCCUGUUUCGGAUGAUUGUUCGGAAAUUGACGGACCCAGUUCGAGCCCUGUUCCUAGUACAAUUUAUCGGUCCAAUUCUCAAGUCAUAGAUAAGAAGCGAAAUAGCAUGUUACAAAAUACAAAUUCAAGAAAAUUUUCUAAAUAUGGUCCACAAAAAAGUUUAACAUUACUAUGGGGAGCAACUGGGGAACAGGAAUGGACACCAGCUCUUACUACAGCAGUGAAUGAAGUUAUAAUAGGAGUCGAUUGGAAAUCAUUAACAAUACCAGCAUGUUUACCAAUAACAACAGAUUUUUUCCCCGAUAAACGAGCUUUACAAAAUGAUUAUCUUGUAUCCGAUUAUAAUUUAUUACCAGACGAUGUAAAUGCAGAUUUUGCUCAACAACGAGCGCAUAAUAAAAAACCGCUAACCACCAAAGAAGUGUUUAAAGAAUUAAUAUCACAACGUCUAGCCCAUGGAUUUCAGUUGAUUAUUCUACCAUCAUCUCAAUCAAAAGUAACCGCCAACACUGGAGUAACAAAUAAUCUUCAACAGCAAAAUGCUGCAAGUAGUAUAGUUGGAGCGCGCUCGGUAAAUAUUGAACCACGAGAAGAAUAUUUACUGUCAAUUGGACGAAUAUUUCAUAAGAUUUCACUAUGUGGCAAUGCGAUUACAGUAACACGAUAUCGGCCAAGACAUCCGUAUCCACCUUUUGACAUCCAUUAUCGAUAUCGAUUCCAUGCUCCACAUCAUGACACUUAUGAAGUGUCUUGGGUUUCGUUCACUACGGAAAAAUUAGAAAAUUAUAGUUGGAAUUAUUUAGAUCAUUAUAUUUGCACGCGAGGUGAUACGGAUUACAACCGUUUUGAAUCGUUAAAGUAUUGGCGAUUUCGUGUGUAUUUGUUACCAUUGACACAUCCAGCCACACGAAAAAUUUUGGAUGGAUAUUCGCACUGUGACAUAUAUACGCCACAAACAGAUACGGAUAAUAAUAAUUUAAUUGAGGGAUUUUUACGAUUUAUGGAAACAUAUGUAAACCGUGUGAAACGGCCAAAUUCGAAAAAAAAUCCCAGGGCAUCUUUCUGUUUAUCGCCGGGAUUUUCUGGAAUGCAGACUCAACAGGUACAACGGCGUUACAGCAUGAGCAUUAUUACUCCAUCAUCUUCCAGUCAGAAUGCUGGAACAGGAAAUUCGCCAUUUCGUGAACGUUUGGGAAGCAAUCGUUUACCUGAGAAGCCGCGGCCAAGAUCGAGUUCUAAAGCUGAACGAGGGCGUGUUUCUCCAGCUACAGAAGCUGCGUUACCUAUUUCACCUGAGACUCCUACUUCAAAUAACGACGAUUCAGAAGAAGGAUCAAAUACAGUAACUCCGCUAAAAGCAACCAGUAAUUUUCAAGAGAUUUUACUAGCAAUGUGUCAUCCAGUUAAUGGAAUCGGAUUCUUGUUACCACAUUCAAAUUUACCAAAACAAACAUUUGUUAGUGCCGAUGCUGUUUAUUGGUUAAUGGCAAAUGUGGAAGGAUUGACAAAUAUUGAGUGUGCGGUCGAAAUUUUAUCAAGUAUGGUUGAACAAAAGAUAAUUUGUCAUGCUUCUGGCGAUCAAACUAAAAAUUUUGUUUUUGGAUUUUAUUUAUAUUAUGUUGUUAAACAAGAAGAAGAGAAUAACGAAACGUUUCCAAUUUGUGACCAAUUACAAGUAUUUGAAAAUGAAUGGAUGGAAGUUGAGAUAAAAGAUCCGAAAGGAUGGGGAAAUCUAGAAUCAACGUCUAAUAAAGAGGGAGCUAUACCUCAUUUUCUUUGCGAAACACUACAGAGUAAUUAUUUACAUGGAGAUAUUGAUAAUGACAUAACUCCUUUAUACAGACAUUCAUACUUGGAAACCGAUAUCACUUUAAAAAGUGAUCGUGUUGAAUGGGGUCAUGCUCGCUAUCAAAGUGUGUACAGGCCUGAUCAACCAUACGAAGUUGUUGUCCAAUGGUUAACAUCAUCAGCAGCAAUUAUAUCUGAUUUAGUAUUUGGUUGGGCUCGUAAAGCUCAAGCAUGUGGCCUUCAAAUGAUACCAAUACCCGCUGAUUUAUUAGCCUUACCAUUCACCAAUAAAUCAGAUCCUUUAAGGGGACCAAUUUUUAUCCCUUUAAACAUUGAUUGUUUAUUAAAGAAUAAACAGUUUUUAUUCGAAGAAUUUCGAGAGGACACUUGGUCAGAACGAUUAUUUUUAUUUCAAGAAUCUAUUGUUGCUCAAUUUGGAUUUAUGGCAUGUUCAAUUGAAAUGCCUCACGUAAACGAUUUAACAAUUAUGCAUGAUCAUCAGUAUGUACAUAGGUCAGGAAAUGUGUUUGUAUUAAUACCAAGUGUUCCAACGAUUCGGCCACGACAACGAUCAGUUACAGCUCCUACGCAACGUCGAAAUGGAUCACAGGUUGUGAAAACUGAGACAUUAUCUAGUCCGCAUCAUGCGUAUAUUACACGCCAUGUUAGUGGAAAAAACAAAGACGAUUUUGACAAUUGCAAAAAGGUUGGAUUUUUAUGGUCAUGGAAUCAUAUGUUAUCACGUCGGUGGAGAUCAAGUUAUACACCAGCGGCUGGCGAUGAUACAUUUCAAACGAAUAUGUUACGUGAUUUUCGUGAGUUUUGUAAUAAUACUGAUGGACGUUUAAAACAUUUUUGGGAUAAAUGUUGGGAAAUUAAAGAAAAUGCAUCA